AUGAAUAACUCUACAGUGAACUUCAUCACACCUGAAAUAUCUACAAACUCCACAACUCAGCCCUUUGGGCUAAUUAACUUUCUGAUAACCUCCAUAUACAGCAUACAUUUCCUGUUUAGUAUUCCUACACACUCUUAUGUGAUCUGGCUCAUCAUCACAGGAACAGAAAGUGGAGUUGUAUCAGCGUUCUUCAAUCUCCACCUCUCUAUUUGUGAGAUUGUUAACUGUCUGCAUAGUUUGGUCUCUAUACUGACAAUUUACUUCUCAAGUCUCUCAUUUUUAAUGCUGUUUCUACAAGGAUUAAUUCUCAGUGGCCGUCCUGUGUUUCAGUGUCUGAUCUGUGUUGAGCGUUACCUGGCAGUGGUUCAUCCUGUAACCUUUCUGAAGUACAAACCUCUCAGAUAUAGAGUGAUCUGCUGCACUGUGGCUUGGAUAAUUAUUCUUGGAUCCUGUUUCUAUUGUUUAUUUAUUGCAAUCUCACAAAACAUUCAUGUCAAAACAUGGUUCUUUUCACUGCAAUUCCUUGUCUUCUUCUGCAUCCAGUUGUUUUGUCUUGUAGCUGUUCUCAGAGCUCUGAAGCAGUCAGGACCUGGAGAGAGAAGGAGAGAGAGAGAGGAGGAAAACCACAUGAAGAGAAGAGCAUUUCAUCUCAUUCUAAUAGCUACUGUGAGCAUGGCUUUUAUAUAUGUCCCUUAUACUAUCACAGGAUUCUGUAUCAUUAUAACACAACAGAAUCAUGACGCAUAUUGGCUCCCUGGUUUGGUAUGUUAUGUGUUGGCUGGUUUCAUUCAGCCAGUUCUUUAUCUUCAACGAACUGGAAAGCUCUCCACCCUCUGUUCCUCAUAA